AUGGCACCUGAACCCCCUCAACCUUUCCCAGUCGCAAAAAACCGCGAUGCGAUCGCAAACACACUCUCACUCCUCCUCGCCUCCAGGACAUCCAUAGGAAAAUCUAUGCCCCUUACUCGAGAUCUACCGCGCAAGCAACGCACUGUACCACUCGACAACGAUGAUGAUCUUACCCGUGGCGCACGGCCAAACGAAGGAUUAGGCUAUGUUCCUGAGAAAAAAGACGUUCAAAAGUUUGCAAAUUCAAAAGAGGAGAGAAUGCUAAGGGGCAGGUUGAACAGAGAUGCCAAGGGCAAUCUCAAGAAAAAGGCUGAAGAGAGCGAGAGUGAGGAUGAAGCUGGACGAAGUGCGCUGGGCAAAAGAAAGAGGCCUCGGAAGGAGAAGGAGGUUGAACCGGAGCCAGAGUCUGAGAAUCCGACUGCUCCUGUUACAAUUGGGGAUAAGGAGAAGAACGAAAACGGAGGAGAGCCUGAGGUGGAUGUGGAUAUGAAGGACACUGCAACACAUGAUGAUCCUAGUUUGGGCGAUGGGCAGACAGAAAAGAAGCGGAAGAAGAGCAAGAAGAAGAAGAAGCAAAAGACAGCACCGGCGGUGGCAGAGUAG